CGGACACCCCGUUAGCCUGUCACACUAUACUGUCACAGGCCUCCAGAAGUUAAAUCAUAUACUCAUCAUCAUCUUCUCUUCAUCUAUCUAGAUAGUCCUACCGUCGACGAUAUCGUUCGUUCCCACGCCUCUGUCAUCUCGCUUCCACUGCCCCUCUUCUCGCGUGCGGGGUUUCGAUCAGCUUCGCGCUCGCUGGCUUUAAAGCCCACCGCACACUACAACUUAAUUCCGAGGGUCUUCUCUAAGGCCUCGCCUAGUCGCAAUGAGUUUUCAUAAUAUGCUCAAUAAGCUGUCGGGACAGCCUGAGAGUUACGAGAAAAAGUCUCACUACAAGUUCGGACGGACGCUUGGUGCCGGCACAUACGGUAUCGUCCGUGAGGCGGACGGCGCCUCGGGAAAGGUCGCCAUCAAGAUUAUCCUGAAGAAGAAUGUCCGCGGAAAUGAGCGCAUGGUCUACGAUGAGCUGGAGAUGCUCCAGGCUCUCGACCAUCCCAACAUUGUCCAUUUCGUCGAUUGGUUCGAAUCGAAAGAUAAAUUCUACAUUGUCACGCAACUAGCCACUGGUGGCGAGCUGUUCGACCGGAUUUGCGAGUACGGAAAGUUCACAGAGAAGGAUGCGUCUCAAACCAUCCGGCAGGUGCUCGGUGCCGUCCACUACCUGCACGAGCGGAAUAUCGUUCACCGAGACCUGAAGCCGGAAAACCUGCUGUACCUUACGCCGAAGCCCGACUCUCCCUUGGUUCUCGCCGACUUCGGUAUUGCCAAGAUGCUGGAUAACCCGACCGAGGUCUUGACCAGCAUGGCGGGCUCCUUCGGCUACGCGGCGCCGGAAGUCAUGCUCAAGCAGGGCCACGGCAAGGCCGUCGACAUGUGGUCGCUGGGUGUUAUCACCUACACUCUUCUUUGCGGAUACUCCCCCUUCCGGUCCGAAAGCCUGACCGACCUGAUCGAGGAGUGUCGUAGCGGGAAGAUCAUCUUCCACGAGCGCUACUGGCGGGAUGUCUCGAAGGAUGCCAAGGACUUCAUCCACACGUUGCUGCAGCCGGAUCCUGCCAAGCGUGUCACGUCGGAGGAAGCCUUGAAGCACGUCUGGCUGACGGGUGAGUCGGCUAGCGACCGCGACUUGCUGCCCGAGAUCCGCGCCUACCUUGCCCGGUCCCGUCUCCGCCGCGGCAUCGAGAUCAUCAAACUGGCGAACCGCAUCGAAGCGCUCAAGAUGCACGAGGAUGAUGAGGACAUCCCGAGCCCCAUGGAGGGGGCGCCCGAGGAGGAUGGCAAGGCUUCGCCGGCAACCUCACCUAACGGCAAGUCGGCAUCCGCGACCGGUGACGAUGAUGCUACGAGGAAGAAGCGGAGCCUGAGCAAGGUCGCGCACGGGGCGAUCUUCCGGGAGGUUGUCCUUGCCAAGGUGCGCGAGGCGAAGGAGAACGAGGAGCGGGAGAAGAUGGAGCGGGAAGCGCGCGAGCGCAGUCACUAAUGAGAUUCCCGUCGGCGGCGUUGGUAGAGGCUUGAUUUCCGUGCACCGAGACCAUUCUUGUUUUGAGUCACGGACCAUCACUGAACUGUUCUUCUGUGAAUAACUUUCGAUGAUUCCCCGUCCAUAUACUUUGAUCUGGCGUCUUGUCUUGUCUUAUCUUGUUUCUUGGUUUGCUGUGAGGGCUUGAUAUUCGUCGAGACCCCUGGAGAUAAUAUUCCCUUCAACGGAUAUGAAAUAUGAUGGCUUGGAUCGCUCA